CAGCAGCUGACGGAGGCCACGUCUCUGGGAGCACAUACGGGUCGUCGUCCUCGGCAGCGCCUCUUCUUCAGAGCCACCGGAUCCCGGCUGAGAGAUGGGGCCUCGCACCGCAGUCUCUGGUCUUCAUCGUCACUGCAGACUGCGAGACAGAGACACGCCGGUACCUGAAACCAACAUGUUUCCAGGAAGUGUCUUCUUCUAAGGAGGCGAAGGAGGUGGCAGGAGGUCAGGGAGGAGCCCGCAUGAGGAGCUGCAGUGACGGCAGCAGAUACAGCAGGAGCGGAGUCGGCCUAUCCAACGACUCCUCUUCCUCCUCCUCUUCGUCCUCCCCGGUGCUCUACAACCCAAAAUCAGUCCUGAAGAGGCCGGUGAGCACCGAGGAGAUGCAGAGACCCGGAGCCUUCGCCAAGAAGACCUUCACGAUCGUGGGCGAUGCCGUGGGCUGGGGCUUCGUGGUGAGGGGAGACCGGCCGUGCCACAUCCAGGCGGUGGAGCCCGGCGGCCCGGCUGCCGCGGCCGGGAUGAAGGAGACGCUGUCCGUGUCCCAAGAGUUGAACAACGGCGUGAAGACGGUUUGUCAGUUCAUGGUUUCUCUCAAUGGCCUCAACGUCCUGAAUCUGGACUACCGGGCCGUCAGCCACCUGAUCCUCACGGGACCCAGAACCGUGGUGAUGGAGGAGACGAAGAGAGCUUCACCCUAACGACGCCAAACAUGUCCACUUGUCCACUUGUCCACUUGGCGCUGCUCCUUGAUGGCUGGAUCAGACACAAUGUUCCCCCCCCCAAAAUAAAAUGCUAAAUGAGAAGGCU